AUGACUCCCGACUAUCAACUCCUAUUUCUAAUACUCUCAUGUGUUUCCGCGCUUGCCCUGUGGCAGAGGCAACGAAGGGCAUCUUCUACACUAUCUCUGCCACCAGGACCUUUCGGGCUGCCGUUUUUAGGAAACUCUCUGGGGAUCAAUGCGCGUAAGCCGCAGUUGACGUUCAGUGAAUGGAGGCGCCACUACGGUGACCUUGUGUAUUGUCGAGUAUGGGGAUACCAUACUCUCGUUGUCAACUCGGAGAAGAUUGCUCGAGACCUGCUCGAGACUCGCCCGUCAAACUACUCGGAUAAGGUCCAGGCUGAGUCUGCCACUUUACUUGGGAUCGGAAAGUUGACAGGGUUUAUACCCUACUCGGACGAAUGGAGACUUCAUCGGCGAUUGUACCACCAAGCCUUGCGUCAGGACAUCGUUGCCUCGUAUCAUCCCACACAGCUCCAGAUGGCAAAGAGGCUCAUCACCGCGCUGAUGGACACGCCUGCGGAGUUUGAGUGCCAUCUCGAAAUGUAUUCGGCCUCAAUAAUAUUAUCCAUUGUGCAUGGGUAUGAUGUUACUUCAAAGCACGACCCUCUAUUGGCCAUUGUACAUCACGGAAACGAUGUCGUCAUGAAAAACUCAACACCUCUCAUCAUCGGGCUGAUAGACGCUUUUCCAUGGUUACUGAAGGCCCCAAAGUGGAUUCCCGACGGGGGCGUUAAGGAAACAGUCUCUGCUGUUCGAGCAAGCAUGAGGGAUAUGCGGGAGGCGCCCUUUGACUAUAUUUCACAGGCGCUGGAAGACAAAACUGCUGGACGCUCUAUGAUUGUAGACAUUUAUCAGAAGUGGGGCGACAAAGGGUUACCUGACAUAGUUCUAGCUGCCUUGAAGGAUGCAGCUACAGGCGCCUUCAUUGCCGGAACGGAUACCACAUUCUCCACCCUCAAUAACUUUGUGUACGCAAUGGUACUGCACCCAGACGUUCAAAAACGCGCGCAACUGCAGCUCGAUUCUGUGAUUGGCAACGGCCAACUUCCUACCUUUGAUAACCGAGACGAGUUGCCGUUGAUUGAUGCCAUUCUUCGUGAGACAAUCAGAUGGAUACCCACCAUCCCUAAUAAUUUAGCUCAUGGUGUUUACAACGACGACGUUUAUGAGGGCUACCUGAUUCCGAAAGGUGCUAACAUCAUCGUGAACACCUGGGAGAUUCUUCACGACAAAGACCGCUAUCCUAAUCCGGAUAGAUUUGCUCCUGACCGCUUCCUCACCCCAGACGGGAGGUUGACAGGUGAUAGUAUGACGCAUAUGGUUGUGUUCGGGUAUGGCAGACGUGUCUGUCCCGGGCGUCAUCUAGCCGAAGCAUCUGUGUGGGCAGCGAUCGCGAACCUACUCGCAACCUUUGACUUCGAAGAAGCAAAGGACGCGGAAGGACGUUCAAUAGUGCAGGAUCCGGAAUGGAUGUGGGGUGUAUCUGUGACGGAUGCACGCGACGCUUAA